AUUAGAGUGUAAAAACGUUACGCUCCCACGCAAAUACAACGGCGUCGAGCCACAGAAAUCCUUUCGCAGGAUACAACCAAAAUAUUACAUAUACAUUUACACACAAGCACACUUAUAUACAUGUACACACACAAGCACAGACACACUCAAACGCAUAAGUGAACGCAGACACAAACGCGGGUAUAUGAAUAAGCAACUUUUUCACGCAAAUGGAAAAGCAAAACUAAACAAAAAUAAGUAAUAAGUAGCAAGAGAGAAGAAAUAAAAUAAAAUAAAAUACGUAAAUUGCUGCAAUUAUGUGUGAAAAGUAUGAGAAGUGUUGAACGAAUUUCCAUAGCGAUAUAUAAAGUUAUGGACGAGUGGUCGUGGUCUGCAAUGUGAAAGUCACCGACCAACAAAUGUGUGUGUAAAUACCACCAAAGUCGCUGAACAAGAAAGCUGAAGGAGCAGAAAUCAACGAGGACAACGGCGGCGACGGCGACGACGCCGACAACGACGACUACAUCGAGGACGAAGAAAGACGUCAACGAGGACGCGGCCAGGCCAAAAGCAUCAUUGGAACAUCGACCGCUCGGCCAGCAGUAGCCGCAGUCGCAUGCUCGCCUCAUGUCUGGAAACUGGCUUGUGGCCAAAGUCGUGUGAAAGGGCCGGUGAUCGAGAGCAGAAACAACAACAUCAGAGCCUACACUGAAACGUUGAAAAUCAUCAGAAAGAGAGCUAAAAACAACAGGACCACAAACGAGGCUGCAGGCAACACGUUUGUGCUGCGAAUUAUCCAUUCGACCCAUUGCACCCAUCACCUUUUUGGGCUGGCUAAAAAUGUGGACUACAAAGCAUCUUCAUCAUCAGCAUCGGCAUCAUCAGUAUCAUCAGCAUCAGAACCUCCAUCAGCAUCAGCACCGAUGGCUGCCUGCACUCACAUUUCUGGCCCUAUUGUUGGCAAUAGCCAGCAGCGCCGACACGGACAUCAACAUGGAGGCUGCCUUUCAAGGCCAUUGCGGGCACACCAGUCCUUGCGAGCAGCUCUGCUACGAGAUCCACGAUGGAAUGUACGAGUGCGAUUGCAUCGAAGGCUAUGAACUCAAUAAGAACGGUUACAGCUGUCAAGUUAUCAAUUCGACGAGCAGCGGCAACGAGGCCCAUGGCAAAUCCGAUGAGGAUGUUCUAUAUCAGAAGGGGGCCUCGUUCAGCGCCAAGUUGGCUAAUGAUAAUGAGCGUGAGCGCGAUAACAAAUUGUUGUCUGGCAUUUAUGCCACAGAUGCGGCAAAGGAGCGCAAAGCGGCUGCCUCCAUGGCGGCGAUGAAUGAGCGUGUGUCCAUUGAUAGUUACGAUUAUGCGGAUGAUAGUGCUGGCCAGGAGCAGCAGCAACAACAGCAACAGCAACAGCAACAAAAAGUCAAUUCAAAUGAUUAUUACAUAUCAGCAGAGAGCAUUAAUUUCAAUGCAGACGAUGAGGCUCUAGAGCUGGAGCGAGAACAGGAGCAGGAGCAGGCGCAGUACCAGGAGCAGGAGCAGGAGCAGGAGCAGGACAAUAGCAGCAGCAUGCAACAUGUACCUGACUUCAAAAUUGUGGCUGCUGCAAUACCAACAACAACAAGCAGCAGCAGCAGCAGCACAACAACCACAACGACGACAACAACAACCACAAUACUGCCCACAGUAAAAGGCACACAAAAGGCAGCAGGAUAUAGACGUAAGAAUAACAUCGAGUCCGAUGUCAAUGCCGAUCCUGAUGUAGACGCCGAAUAUGCCGACGUCGACGAUUACUAUACCUACAAGGCAGAUAUGUCCAUCUAUGACGACGUCAAUAAUAAUCAAUUAAAUUUAAGGCGUAACAGCAAAACGCAUACAUAUCAGCAGACAAGCAAUACUAACAACAAAAACAGCAACAGCAACAACAACAACAACAAUGAUAAUAAUAACAACAAUUUGCAUAUCGCAACAUCAGUCCAAGCAAAAAACAUAUCAGCGAAUAAUUAUCAAGACGCACAAACAACGACCAGCAACGAUGACGUCACUGGCGGCAUCAGCACCAGCUCGAUGCCGUGCAAUCUGGACUGCGGCCCCGAAGGGAUCUGUGCCUUGGAGCAGAGCACAUCGCAGCGCUGUCUGUGUCCUUUCGGCAAGGAGGGCAUUGGCUGCAGCGAAGAUAUGAAGGCACACGUGCCACGCUUCGCCAAACACUCCUGGUUGGCUUUUGCCGCCCUGCAUGGCGCCUACAAGCAUGUACAGCUACGGUUGGAAUUUCGGCCCGAAUCGUUUGACGGCAUAAUUUUGUUGAGCGGCGAACGUGACGACCUCACUGGCGACUUUAUGGCCCUGCUGUUGAACAAAGGAUUCGUAGAGUUCUGGUUCGACUGUGGCUCUGGGGUGGGCAGUGUCCGUUCACGUGAGACCAUAAUGCUCAAUGAAUGGAACUCGGUUAUUGUCUAUCGACAUCGCUGGGAUGCCUGGCUGGUAUUGAAUCAUGGCACGAAGGUGCAGGGACGUUCGAACGGCCUAUUUUCGCGCAUUACCUUCCGCGAGCCCGUCUUCUUGGGUGGCGUGGGUAAUAUAACCGGGCUAGCCAAAAGAUUGCCACUCAGCGAGGGCUUUGCCGGCUGCAUUCGUCGUUUUGUGGCCAACGAGCACGACUAUAAAUUCACGGAGCAUCCAUUGGGCGAUGUAAUCAAAGGUUUCGACAUACAGGACUGCUCUAUGGACAAGUGUGUGCGCUAUCCUUGCCAGCACGGUGGCAAGUGUUUGCCUUCAGAUCAGGGCGCCGUCUGUUUAUGUCCCAUUGGCUUUGUCGGCGAUCUAUGUGAGAUACGAAUGGAUCUUCAGGUGCCAGCCUUCAAUGGCUCGUCCUUUUUGCGUUAUGCACCGCUGGGCGACAGCGCCCUUAUCUGGCUGGAGUUGCAGGUGAUCCUAAAGCCGGAGCAAGCAGAUGGUCUGAUACUAUACUCGGGUCCAGAGCAACGCGGUGAUUUUAUUGCCUUGUAUUUGCACAAUGGCUUCGUAGAGUUUGCCUUCGACUUGGGCAGUGGGCCAGCGGUUGUGCGCAGCGAAUAUGCGCUUACCAUGGGUCAGUGGCACAACAUAAAGAUAUCUCGCACGGCGCGUCUGGCAGUUCUCAAGAUUGAUCAGCAUCAGGAGGUCAUGACCAUAUCCACGAAUGGCUUUUGGCAUCUGUCGCUUGGGCACAAUCUCUUUGUGGGUGGCGUCAAUCAUGUGGACAAGUUGCCGCUGGACUUGAAGUACAAGCCGUUCUUUGUAGGCUGCAUACAGCGGAUUGACAUCAAUGGUCGGUCUUUGGGCAUUGUGGCCGAGGCGCUGGGCGGCAGCAACAUCGGAAACUGUCCGCACGCAUGUGUGGCACGUCCGUGCGGGCCGCUGGCGGAGUGUGUGCCACAAAUGGAGAGCUAUGAGUGUCGCUGCAGCAUAUACAACGAGCGCUGCAAUAAGGCCGCUGAAGUGCCCCCCGAGGAGUUGCCGGCGUUGCACAAGGCCCCAAACAAUGGCCAUGUCCUGUCCGACAAUGUCGAGAACGAAGACAAAGCACUCGAAUUCAAACACAAUGGAGCUGCGACGACAGAACAAACGAAAAGGAAGAAAUUGGUGGCGCACAAGAAGCAGUCAAAGAAACGCAAGAAUUCUCAUAAACCAACACCUGUUAUUUGGAAUCAAACUAGAACUCCUUCCCCAACAACAACAACUUCUACCACUACAACGACAGCUGGCGCUCUAAGCAAUGAGGAAAUUGAGGAUGAUAUCAUUUUCCGUUUCGUACAAGAGAAUUCAGGCAUGCAAAUGCAAAGAAAGCCAACCAGUACACCGCAACAAAGUACAGACAGCAACAGCAACAACAACAACGACAACAAUAAUAAUAACAACAACAAAAAUAGCAACAAAAAAAGACGACAGUCGAAGCAACACCAUCAACACCACAAUCACAAACAACAUGUGAGCAAGCAUGAGCAUCACCAGAAGCCGAACGCCGCCUUCGCCCACAAACUAAGUCGUCUGCCCACCCACUACGAAAGUUUCCAGACAAAUCCGGAUAGCGAUAUACUCACAUUCGACGACAACAACGAUUGGGUCGCCAGCCUGCAGCAGCAGGAGUACGCAGAUGCGAUGGCAACCAGUCAAGGGGUCGCCACAGCAGUCGAAAGCUCUCGAACGGACUCAGACGAAGCAGAUACCUUUGUCUUCGAUGAGACACUGUUCGAUGCCUCCGACGGCACCGAGGAGUACCAACGCAAGCAACUGGCACAGGACAUGAAGCGCAUUAUGUCUAACACACACGAAUCGCAUUCGCACGAAAGGACCGCCAUUGAGCCGGAUUACAACUAUAGCGACAACAAUGGAGCAGAGCUGGGCAGUGAGCACAAAGCCGAGGACAAAGGCUAUGAGGACGUUGAUGUUGACAAUGAUGCUGAUGGCAAUGAUGAUGAUGACGACGAUGACGAUGAUGAUGAUGAUGAUGAAUUGCUCACACCUAUGCACAAGUUGCCAGAGCCGCCUACGACAUUGCCGGGAGUCGUGCGUCUGCCCGCCACCACGCCCCAGACCCACACAGACUGGAGUCUGCUGAAGAAAUUUGAUUUGUCCGCCGAGCAUCAGUCGCAGGUUGCAGGCGUGCGUAAGAAUUUUGGCGCCUGCUUUGCCGGAGCUGAUAGCUAUUUCCAUUAUAACGAUGCCGACACCAUGAGUCAAAUCAUCAGCUACAACAUCGAUUUGAAUUUGCGCAUCAAGACGCAUUCGCAGAAUGGCGUUAUUCUGUGGACGGGCCGGCAGGGCACAACGGAACAGGACGAUGACUACCUGUCCUUGGGCAUUGAGGAGGGCUAUCUGCAUUUCCGCUACGACUUGGGAUCUGGGGAGGUGGAUAUUCGCUUCAAUGGCACCAAGGUCAGCGAUGGGCUAUGGCAUCGGGUGCGAGCGAUUAGAAAUUCGCAGGAGGGCUAUCUGGAGGUAGAUGGCAGAAAAACGUCCACACAACGCACGCCUGGCAAGCUGCGCCAACUAAACACCGAUACCGGUCUAUAUGUUGGUGGCAUGCCGGACGUCGCCUAUUUUACACACCAGCAAUAUUUCAGCGGUAUUAUUGGCUGCAUAUCCGAAAUAGUUCUGGCUGGAGAGAUGAAGCUUAACUUCGAUCCCAAUACGUUGGGAACAGCACACAAUGUGGAGACAGGCCUACUAUGAAACGCUGCACUUACGCCUCAAGACUUUUGAUAUCGAAUAGUUUAAAUGUUAUGUUUAAUUAUACAAUGUCUUUUCGUUUGUUUUUGUACAAAGACGCUUUUAACAUGAGAGAGAAUUUUUUUACACAAAUGACGAAAAACGAAACUAAAUCUAGAGCAUAAAAACCCAAAAAAAAAAACAUACUACAUAUUAUAUACAACAUAUUUGAUUAUAUACAAAUGCAUACAUACAUAGAUAUAUAUUUAAAAACACAAAUAUAUAUUAAAAGGGAAAAACGAAAAACAUAACAAAAGGCAUGCUUCAAAUAGAGCCUGUGACUGUCAAUACUUCAGAAUGGAAUAGUUUAUAUAUGUAACUUUAGCAAAGAUUUAUAUAGCAACAACCACAACAACAACAACAUAAACGAAAUGCGAGAAAAAUUUUAAGAAAAGUAUGAAAGUGUGUGCACAUUAAUUAAUUAUUUGUAGAGCAUUUGAAGGCCACCUAAUCUUGAGCGCUUUAUUUGAAUGAACAUUACGCUUUACGUACAGAGCUGCCAGUACUAUUUAUGUGACUUACACACACACUCACACCUUUGCUACAAAUACACACACACACACACACACACACACAUACUCACACGAAAUGCAAACACACUUUCGUUUUCGCAUUGCUGUACCUUGAACUACAUACUAUCUCUACUAUUUGGCACUUCGUGGAAGAUCUGCAUUGAACAAAGAAGAAGAGUAAACAUAUGUAUUAAACGGUAAGUUAAUAAAUGUGUAGCGUAUAAUACAUAGCUUGUAAGUUUGGCGCACGCAAAAACGCAUGCCUGCUGCCUAUAUAAACUUUUACAUAUACUAUUAAGCGAACAGAAUUAUUACCAAAACAAAAAUAAAAAACUCAACAGUAAAAGGAACAUACGUAAACAAUACUACACACUAACACAUACAAAUACACAGAACACAAGCUGAACCAGAGUUAUAAUACGAGUAUGUGUGAGCGAUUUUUAACAAUUUAUACUACAUGGAAAAACUAGCUAAAAAUGAAAGCAAUUAACAAUCCCAUAGCGAAAUUUUUAAAGCUAACAAACUUAAUGAAACAACACUUAUUUGAAUAGCCUGUUGAAACAAUU